CACCAAGAUCGCAGGCUUAUGUAAUAAGAGAUCGACCGGCCCGAUAGAGUCUCCGUCUCCCAUGACCGGAAAUCGGGUCCGACAUGGACCCUCCAUUAUCACAACUCACAACAUCCGAAUACCGCCCAUUUCCUUCCACAAGGUAGCUCCGAAUAUCUCCCCCACAACAUCUCUCUCCUCUACCGCCCGGCCCAAUGCGUGCCCUGCCCCAUCGCCUACAUCCCCGUCACCUCAACCUCGCUCGGCGAUGUUUCUCGAACUGCACCCGCGUCGUCGACCUCAUCCAACAUGACGCAUCCCCCGCCGUCUUCUUAAACCACAUCCACCUUUCUUCCUCCCAAGACCCGUUCCCUCCCUACGCCGUUGCCUCCGAGAUCCAAUCCCAGAUUCGCCAGAUAUUCCUGUCCUAUAAAGCUGCCGCCACCACCUCUCCGACGACCUCCGCCCCGUCCCCCGUACUCCUCUCCUUCACCCCGUCCCCAACCUACACCCUCGGCCGCCGCCAGACACCCAUAUCGCCCACCCAGGCCUCCCGUCUCCGCCAGCCCCUGCGCGUCCCCCUCCCCAACACCAUGGGGACAGACCCCUCCGCGCCAGCAGAAGAACCAGGAACAAAAGACUACAUCCCCCUCGUCCUCGAAACAGACCGCGGCGGCCUAACCACCUACCACGGCCCCGGCCAAAUCGUCCUCUGGCCCAUCCUGGACCUCCGCAGCCCCCUCCACACAAACUUCAGAGUCCGCUGCUACGCCCGCCUCCUCGAACAAACCACCCGCGCCCUGCUCCUCGCCCACCCGCACCUCGGCAUCCAAACCCACCUCUCCGAAGCCGACCCGGGCGUCUGGGUCCGUCGAGGAAGCGAACAACAUGCACGCGACAAAGAAAACGGCAACCCCGCCGCCGGCGUAGAUGCAACAGAUGCAACAGCGGCACCCACACCAGCAGACCUAACCACAGACCGCAAGAUCGCCGCCCUAGGCGUCCACCUCCGCCGCCACGUCACCGGCCUCGGCACCGCCCUGAACCUCGACGUCGCCACCCGCGGCCCCGACUCCGUCAACCCCUGGGCCCGCUUCGUGCCCUGCGGUCUCGACGGGAAGGGCGUCGCCAGCGUGCGCGACCUAAUCGCCCCGGGCCGCUGGGCUGCUGCCGUCGCUGCCGCCGCUUCGCCCGCCGCCGCCACCACCACCACCACCACCACCACCGCCGCCGCCGCCCCAAGUGGCAUCGCCGCCGCCUUCGCCGAGGACAUGGCGCGCCGCUGGGCCGCUGAACUGUCCAGCCGCAUCGGCCUGGACGGGCGGGUCCGCUCCACUACGGUCGAUGUCGAAUCCAUCAUCACCACUGCUGCAUCUUGAGAC